AUGCUAAAGAUUUUUUGUAAAAGCCUAAAGCCAAUUUUUGACACAAUUCUAAUGGAAUUUGCUGCCAUUACCGUACUAUUGUUUCUUUCAAUUCAUUUAAAUUUUUGGGGCGAGAUUGUGAUAAUUUUUGCUUUAUAA